UAUUUCAGAUAUACAAUCCUUUCCACGACGUUUGUACGUCAGUGAACAACGAUGACGUCACAGCAACGGAAUGCCAGCAUGAUGACGUCAAGCAAUGGUGGGUCUGGACAAGAUGUCAUCAAAUAAAACAUCACAGCUCAGGAAAAUGUUUGGAUGUAAACGGAGAAAUAAUGUCGUGGACAAAACUGUAUGUAUCCACAUGUGACAGCCAUGUUUCAGGUCAACAAUGGUCAUGUCACAACAACUAUAUCCAAGUCAAUGGCACUGAUCUCAAUAUGAAUUAUGGGCAUAGUCCACCGGAUGUAAUUUUGUCUGAUUUAACCGGGGAUUACAACAAGUGGAGAAUGUUUAAUUCAACCAACAAUGUAUGUUCUGCUAAACUUUAA